CACUCUUUCUCUCUAAUUUUACAGUUUGUAUCUCCCCUUCAAAGAACAUGAAUAAAAAUAAAUAUGACACACGUCAUGGAAAAUGACAGUAGAUUAGUUUGCCAUUCCGGUUUAGUUGAAAUGCAUGUAUUGUGUAUAUGACAUGUGUCAUAAUGUUUACAGAUUGAAAAAUGUCCGAUGCAGUCUCGCGGCCAGACGACCUUGUUCAGAGAGGUCCCAAAGUGCACGUGUGGUUUUCACACUCAAAAGGCCACAGUCUCUACUGGACAAGCACCAAUGGUUGUGGAGCAACAGUCUGCCGCUACUGGACCAGCACAGGAGGUCAUGGAGCAGAGUCAACCUCAGCCUCGACUCCAGCCCCAGCCACGGCCUACUGCAUCUGUGACAUCUAGGAUAAUACCAAGUUUGUCAAUGUUUACCAAGCCAAGAUUUGGUGGGUCCCACAUUUCUGCCGCAAAGCCAAAUCUAAGUGUGUCUAGGAGACCAUCUCAGGUUGAUGACCAACCCAGCACAGCAGUGUCCAGUGCCCCUACACCAAGCACCACUGUCUCUACACAAGAUCCUGGAGUUCCAGCCUCUGUCCCCAGAACCACUGCAGAUGUGACCAGUCCUGAGUCUUGCGGUAUUGUCUCGACUGCUCCUUCCGGGGCGUCAUUGCAAGCUCCAUCUGCAGUUCGACUGCAUCGUUUGUGGUCGGAGACCUUGCCGCCAGAGGACCACAGGUGGAUUGCCAGCAGGCUUUUUAAAAUGGGGCCCAAGGGAAAACCAGAGCUUCGAGACAACCUACAGCUCUGGUAUUACCCACCACAGCCAGCACUUAUUUAUAACCAGGCUCCAGCUCCAGACAGAUUUUUUUGUCAUGCUCUGUUGCUGUGGAUGCCGUACAAGCUGUGGAAGAUCAAGGCUGUCUGUCCCAAUUCUGCUUGCGGGCAGCAUCAGCUAACAGGAGGCGGUCUGCACAAAAGGGCACGGCAGGUUCUGGACAUCGAUAGGAUGUACAACAUGGUCACAGAAACCCUCAUCUGUACCAAAUGUAAAGCCUCGCAUGUGUCCUGGAGUCAGACUGUCCUGCAACAGCUGGAUCUGGGUCAUCGCUCUGAAUUUCGGGUCAUCCUCACGCGGAAGUAUGCCUGUGAUAUGAGAGUCAUUCGGCUCCUGCGUGAGCGUGGCCUAGGCAACAGUCCCACGCGGGUCAUCAAACAGCUGCGUGAGAACCACAGCGAGGAGUGGCUCCAGCGUAUGGCCCGGUACACCACCCAAUGUGUGGACUUCCUCAAACGACCCGGGGUGUUGCAAAUACCAUUCCAGGAACCCCCAGAGCCUACAGUGGUGCCAAGCUGCAAGUGGCUGCUCACCGUGUACAGCCAAGACAUCCUGACAAGACUGGAUGAAAUCCAUGCAAGGAUAACAUCCACGUAUGGUUCAGUCUUGAAAAUGGAUUCCACUAAAAAGAUCACUAAGAAGCUGGCUGGGACGGCAAGGGGAACGGGACUCUGGCUUACCUCUGUUGGCAAUGAGUUUGGUCAGGUGCUCAUGAGUGUGCUGACAGCACAGGAAGGAGCAGGACUGGACAUGAUGGUCGAUGGUCUGGUGAAGAGGUACCAGCAGGCUAGUGUGGAUCCACCUGCUGUUUUGUAUGUGGACUGUGGCUGCUGCACUGAUGUGGGUGAGACCAAGCUGAAAACCAGAUUCAGAGGUUGGCCUGAUCUCAUGAUUCGCUUGGACAUCUGGCAUUUUAUGCGCAGGAUUGCCGUGGGGUGUACAACUGAUGCCCAUCAGCUGUAUCCCAUCUUCAUGUCACAGCUGUCAGCGUGCAUUUUUGAGUGGGAUGCGGCUGAUGUUUCUAUGCUUCGCAAAGCAAAGAGAGAGCUGUUGUUAUCCCAGGGUUGGCCUGCGCUGACAGAUGAAGAUGUCAACAAGCAUCUUACCAGGGAUGAGCUGGCACUCCAUUGCCGGAGGAGGACCUGUGGAGAGGAGACUACCAUCCUUCUCCUUGAGCGGCUGCUCACAGAGCUCCUGAGCAGCAAGGGCAAAGACUCCCUGGGUGUUCCUCUCCUGGACCGAGAAAGGAUGGAGCACAUCUGGAAUGUCCAGAAGAAGCAUGUGAAAUGCAUUCAAGACCCCCCUGGUGUUGUGCUCUAUACAGAGACAGGGAGUCUAAACAAGGGAGGCGUUCUUCUGAAGACCUACAGAUGUGCCAGAGGCUCCACUUCUCUCGAGUCCUUUCAUUUACACCUAAACCGUUUCAUCCCAGGUAUUGUCUUUGUCACACACACUGUGCAUGUGUAA